AUGGCUCGUGAAAUGCACAACACCAAACUCAAGGUCAUGGAAAAAAGGGGUGUUUUGCUGACCUAUUUUCGCGAAACUGGCAUUCAUAAAAUCAAAGCAGUGUGCAAGUACAUUGAGGAUUUGGUGGAAGGCGACCAGAAGUUCCUCUGUUUUGCACACCACCAGGUAGUCUUAGAUAGCAUCUGUGACCUGCUUACCAGGAAGAACUGCAGUCAUAUACGCAUUGAUGGCAAGACAUCGUCCGAGGUGCGCAAGCAAUUAUGUGACAAGUUCCAGUACAAUGACAUGUGCAAAGUUGCAGUGUUGAGCAUCACUGCUGCAAAUGCAGGCAUAACACUGAGUUCUGCAUGCUUGGUCAUCUUUGCAGAACUGUUUUGGAAUCCAGGCAUACUCACUCAGGCAGAGGACAGGGUGCAUCGAAUAGGACAGCAGAACUGUGUUGUGAUUCAGUACCUUGUGGCAAAGGGAACUGCUGAUGACUACAUCUGGCCACUUGUGUGCAACAAGCUAGACACUCUGGGAAAAGCUGGACUGAGCAAGGACAGCUUUUAUGAUGUAGAUUUAAAGAUAUCUGCUGACCAAAAGCAGCCAACCUUAGAAGAUUUUUUUAGGGAAGACGAGUUGUGGACUGAUCUUAUUGAUGAAGAUGGCAGUGGUGAUUGCACACAUGUAAAAAAAGCAAAGCUUCAGUAG